UUCAUUGGAACCGGCUGAGGGUGGCGUUUGGGGCAGUUGAGGCCUCACUGGGGCUAACGGGAGCCUCCAGGCCCAGGCUCGGGGCUGCCUCUCUCUCCUGCUGGCGCUCCGCUGGUUUUUGAUCAACUCUUUAAUGUGUCCGUGUCCUUCAGACAUAUCACCUUGUUAACUGGCAGGAAAUAGUUGUCUCUCUUUUCCUAAAGUUUUCAGAAGUGGCACCUCACUGCAGAGCCAUUAAACCACUAGAAAGAAUGGCAGGAAGUUGCGGGCAGGAGCAGACAAGGUGGAUAACGACGGUCAUUAUGAGCACAUCUCUCCAGGAUCAUGAAAUUUCUACAGUUCUGCAGAGGCAACAACACCGAGUUCGAUAUUCAGAGUCAGUGGAAACUGGAUCUGUGAUUUUUCCACUUUCUGGCAUUGCAUUUAUACUGUCAGACACUCAAGAUUUGCAUAAGACAGAGGAAGAAGAGUUUUCCAAAAGAAUUCAGAAGUUCAUAAACAUUCAUCGGAACAGCUUUUUGGUUUUAUCAGCUGCUCUUCAUGGACCAGAAGAAUGGAGUAUCAUGUUCAGGAUUCAGAGAAGAUUCCUGGGCAGCAAUUUACGUGUAAUACCAGUUCAUAAUCCUGCUGAAAUUGUUAAAUUAAUGCUAACUAUGGCUAAGAUAACUUCCAAGUCCCAGGCAGAUGAUACUCGUUGCAAAAUGGAAGUGACAAAAGCCCAAAUAAUGGAAAAAAGUCCAGUUUGGAAGAUGUUUCAAGAGUACCAAUCGCACUGUAAUUAAUUUAAUAUUUGGGAUUUUAUUCAUAAAUAGAGUGGCUACAUUUUAAACAAAAUAUAAAAUGUUCUUAAAAAUAUAGUUACAUUUCAAAAAACUACAUACAACAUACGCAUUUGGAAAGGAAAUUUGUAUUAAACACCUAUACAGUGAAAAAUAGCAUACUUGAUACCAAAUGUGCUUUCUAGGGAGGGAAAAAAGUGGUUUAGCUGCACUAUAGAAAAAUGAUCUUUAUUUUUAACUUGGUUCUGACCUUAGAGGCUCAUUUGUUUAUUAAUAAUUCCCAAAAAUAUUUACUAUAUCUUAAGGAAAACUGUAUUAUUAAAGGUAUAUAUAAUACAGGUACCCCUAAAAACAGCAGCUGUAUGUAUGCAGCCUUAAAAUGUGUUUUAACACAAUUGUUAUCUGUUAUGUUACUAAGUUCUAACAUCUUAUUUGGCUCAAAGUUGAUGUGUUUUUCUUUAAAUUUAGUUUCCUUUGCCACAGUGUUUUUACUAUGUAUAGGUAGAAUAUUCUAUACUGUUAUCUAUCUGUACCUUACAGUCCUGUCUGCAAAUACAGAAGCUUGUUUGUCAGCAUUAAAAUGUGCUAAUAAAAAUAUCUUAUCCUUUU